AUGUAUUUUUAUUUUACAGAGAUUCGUACCUUAUCUCCUAUACCUGUUCCACCACGAUCAGUUAUCAUUGAACGUUUUCCACCUACUCCAGAAAGACCACGCGAUAUUGUAAUUGAACGAUGGAUUCCCUACGGACCUCGACCUGAACGUCGUACAGUUGUUGAACCUGCUCCUCCUGCUAUUACGUAUCCACGGCCAACUCAUACUAUUAUUGUUUAUGAAACUGUUCAAACGCGUAUAACUCGACGAUUUGAAAAACGUGGUGUUACCCAAGAAAAUCCUGACGCAUAUGUUGCUCGUUAUGGGUCAUCACUUUUAGAUUCAGCAGCACUUGUUCAAGAAGCUCGACGUGCUGGUGUUAUUGAAGAUAUAACACCUCCGGUAUCAUCAUCUUCAAUAUAUAAAACGAUAUACGGAAAUGUUAUUGAUUAUGAUCAGUCAGAUGAUAUAAUCCAGCAAAAUUUUUCAUCAUCACGUGUAAUUACUGAUGUUAAACGUGAUGGACUGACGACAUAUCAAGAUGAAUUUCAAUGA